AUUAGACAUCACAAAAACAAUAUUUUAUCAGAAAUCAGAAAUUACAAAAUGUUCAGUGCUAAAGUUGUUAUCUUCCUCGCUUCUCUAGCAAUAUGCUAUGGAGCACCAAAUGCUAAAUUAUCCAGCAAAAAACUGAAGAUUUCCCCUGGCGUUGACGUCAAAAUAGAAGAUUACCCAUUCGUAGCUUCCGUUCAAUGGUGUAAUCGUAUUUAUGGUAUUUGCGAAAACAUUUGCGGUGGUGUAAUCGUCAACGAAAACUGGAUAUUGACUAGUGCGAGUUGUGCAUUUGAAGCUCGUAAGGUUAUUGUUGGAGAGUCCGACUUAAAUGCAAAACACAAAGUUAUCGUUAACGUUGCAGCUAAAUACAAGCAUCCUAACUUCACUAACAAGUUCGGUCCAAAUGACCUUGUUCUACUUAAGUUAUCUGAAGCACUGACCUUUAACGACAAAGUGCAACCAGCAAAAUUGCCAACUAAAGGUCAAGAAUUCAGCGGUACAGCUGUUGUGACUGGUUACGGGGACCCUUACCUUCUUGACCUCAACAAUCUCAAAGCCGUCCCUAAUGUGACCCUCAUUUCUAACGCUGAAUGUAACAAAGCCAUCAAGCAACUCAACCUAGACAAAGAUGUUUCUUUAGAUGACGACAGCAACAUAUGUACCUUAAACGAAGCAGCAACUACCUGCCUAGGUGACUCCGGUGGUCCUUUGUCCCAAGACGGAACCGUCAUCGGUACUGUUACAUGGUACGUUGAUCCGUGCUAUUUAAGCCGAGGUCCAAAUGUGUACACCAAGCUAUCUAAUUUCGUGGAAUGGAUCGAAAAAACCAUUGCUAAAAAUAGUUAAAUUGUAUUUUUUUUUAAAAUAAAGAUAUAUUUAAUGAUAUUGACUUGAUAGAAGAAAUGUUGAAG